AAGCUCCGAGAAUAGACGAAAUUUCAAAUAGAGCGUUGAAAAACAUGCCCAAACAGGCGUGGCAUCGAGACACUUCCCAUUGAGAUGGAAACAAGCAGAUAUCAUAAUGCUAAAAAAACUCGGAAAAGAUCCAACUUGUCCGUAAAACUAUAUGCCGAUAAGUUUGCUACCUGCCAUGCGUAAAGAGUAAAAUCGCAGAGAGAGUGAUAAUGAGGGUUCUGAAAGGAACAAACAAUACCAGUAGAAAGGUUCGGCUUUAGGAGAAACCACAGCACCGAACAGCAAAUCUUGAGACUAGUAGAAUAUACUACUCAGGGUUUCAACCAGGAAGAAUCCACGGGAACAAUCUUCCUAGACAUAAGCAAUGCUUUUGAUCGAGAGUGGCACGAGGGCUUGCUUCACAAGAUGAAAGAGGCAAGAUACACCAAAACGCUCAUAAAACUUCUGAGCACUUAGCUCUAAGGCAGGAAUUUUCAGGUGAAGGUUGCAAAAGAGAAGUCAGAGACCAGCAGGCGGGAGUAGUUAUGUUAUUUCCUUUUGUGAACGCCUUCUUCUUUAUUUUAUAUAAUGUUUAUGUUAUUUUUAUUUCCUUUUAUCUUAUUUUUUAUGUGUGACCCACCUUAAUACUAUUUAAUGUAUUGGUCAAAAAGUUAAUUUGGCAACUUCGCUUCUAUACUCGAUAACGAUGGACGCUGAAGUGACUGCGGCUAGUUUAUUGUUAUACGCAUUCGUCUAUUAUAAUUAUGCGUAUAUUAAAGAGAAAAGAAUGAUUUAAAAGAAGUGGCGAAAAAGAAGAUGGUGGAUGAGACGAAUUCAUCGUAAUAGAACAGGCCUAACUAUGGACAAGCAGCUGCACGAAUUAGUGGCCGAACCAUCAAAUAAAUUUCAAAAGUUAACUCGAAUGUCUUCAGUGUAUUUUGAAUAUUUAUUGAAUUAAGCCUAAGGGAAGCCAUUCCAGCUGGAAUACGUCUAGCAGUACGAUACUUGGCCACAGGAAGUGACUACCCCAAAGUCUCCAUUUUUUAUUGAAAAUAUCCCCACAAGUGAUUUCUCAAAUAGUACCAGAAGUUUGUCAAGCCCCGAAUGAAGUGUUAAAGGAAUAUAUAAAGAAACUAAUAAAUUUACAACCGGAAAAAGCCGCCUUGAUAACGAUGACAUGUAUACUUUUACAUAAUUUCUUGAGACGAAGUACUACAUCAUCACAUAUCUACACACCUUCUGGAACUAUAGAUACUUAUGACAACAAUGAUACAUUAAUAAAACUGGGCUCUUGGAGAAAAGAAGUGGAGAGCACCUGUGCUAUUCGAAAUUCGAGACAUAUACCACGCUGACCGGCUCAUCAUCAUCAAAUAAGAGACGAAUUUGCUAAAUAUUUCAGUAGGUAGAUAGGUUAUGAACUGUGACUGUCAACAGGCAUUGUUUACUUACUAAUAAAGGAAAAUUGCCGUACCGUCGCAUACGGCGCUUUUGUGAUUUCCUAUAUGUAAUAAUAAUAUAAUAAAAUAUCAUACUUGCCGUAUUUAAUUUCUUCUUACAUUUCGUGGUAUCCCCAAGAAAAUUGUCCAUUAUUUCGUAUGCAAACCAUAUCGGUUUAUAAACAUCGUCCACACCUGCUCCAGAGUUUUCUGAUUUCUUAACUUUAUUUUUAUACACUCUGUAGCUUACAAAGAAAGAAGUUUUUUUAUUUUUCAAUUCAUCAAGAGGUACUUCCAUCAAUGCACUAUUGACGAUUUCACGCAUCAUGGUUUUUUAGAUUAUUUUUGUCUUUAAAAUUUGUAUUCCGUAAAUCCGCUUGAAAAUAUUCUAAAAACUUCAAUUCAAGUUCGUUUGUCCAAGUUACGCUCAUAUUGAUGCCUUGCGGUACACAACACGAACGCGAAUGUGGAGUCAAUAAACCUCGCCUGUUCUCACGUUCUCGCACUGUUCUCCAUCUUUGCCGAAGAACAGCACGAGAACUUGAGAUUCUCGCGAGAGUGUGGAGGGGCCUUAAAACAUUUCAAUUCAUAACAAGAAUGUGCACAACAUGAUAUCACAUCAUUGCGCAUCCCAUCGGAGUUCUAAACAAGCAUAUAAAAAAGUUAGUAUCGUGAAAGUGGCUGCACUGGAUGUUAGACUGGUCUACUGUAUGAUAAAGAACAGCCAGUAACCUCGCUUUUUAGUGUACUAGCCAUGAGCGAGAAGGAUGUACCAGUGUCUGUUGUGCAACGCAUCAAUAUUCGUUUUCUGGUCAAAGAUAACAUAAAAUCCGCGGAAAUUUAACGAAAAUUACUCUAGCAAUUCGAGGGUGAAUGCCUCUUGAAGACUCAAGUGUAUGAAUGGUGUUCCCCUUUCCGAAAAGGCCAAGAAGUAGUGGCAAACUUAACACAUGCGGGCGCUACAGAACAAGUGUUACCGGUAAGAAUGUGAGCACUGUAGAUAAACUUAUUUUGGUAGACCGUCUCAGUGCUAUACGCGAUAUGGCUGAAGGUUACCAAGACUUCUGAAUUUUGAGUAGUAAUUCACACAGAAAGUUUGCGCGCGUCUCCUGCAGUGGUAGGCAGAGAAAGGAGGAUAUUUAUCGCUCCGAAUAUUAACCACACACGAGACUUGGGUGCACCACUAUACUCCGGAAAAUAAGCGCGCGUCUAUAGUAUGGAAGAAGAAGGACGAAAGCGCGACAGUUAAAGUGAAGGUUACACUGUCUGAUGGAAAGGUGAUGUGUAUCGUGUUUUGGGUCAUGAGGGGAGUAGUAGCAGUUGAUUUUCUUACUGUACAACGAUCUGUGAAUCCGCAGUAUUAUAGUAACCUCCUAAAAAAGACGAUAUUGUGAGAUUGCCGCAAGACAACGUCAGACCGCUUACGAUGAACGAAUUGAUUUGGGAAUCACUGGAGCACCCUUUUUAUAGUCACAAGUGUCAACAUGAGACUAGUAUUUAUUUGAUCCAUUGAAAUAUUCAUUUGGCGGACUGCGAUUCGAAAGCUUCCGAAGUCAUAGCAAAAGUGUGUACGAGUCUCAAGGCGACUAUCUAGAAAAGUUUGAACUCUGUAACUUGGUAAUAAAUUUUUUUGAAUUUGAACCACCCUCGUAUAUUGGCGGUUUGUAUUUAGGCAGUGUUUAAGCUAUGUGACUAUUUUUGACAGAAAGGGUACACCAUGUAUAGUGUUGCAUAUUUGACAAAUUUGUCAUAACUAAUUUUCAAAGUACGCAAAACAUUAUGAUUUCAAAAUUAUUGCAAUAUACUAUAAUCUACUUGUUUCUACUACUUGUAAAGAACAGUUGCUGCGAGUGGAAAUUUGAAACACAAGAUUAUGUAAAUUUAAAAAUUCCUAAACACUAUGUGUUAUCAACAAAAAUUGACAACUCAACAAGUUUAGAGCAGUUGAAAGCAGGUAUAUAUUUUAAUGUAAACCUGACCAAAUAUUUAAGGUAUAAUGUUUUUGUUAAACGAAGAAAAACCACAUUAGUUAAUAGAGGAACAAAAUUUAUAAUCUUCGAAAACAGUAAAUCACGAAUAUCUCCGGAAUAUCGAAAAGAUCUGCUAGAAGGAUUUGUUACAGAAGAAAAAUAUUCCAGUUACGUCUUAGGUUACUUACAAAAACAUUAUUUUUAUGGAAAACUUCAGGUAUUUGAUAAAAUAUUUUACUUGGAACGAUUAGAAAAUUACAUUGAUGUAUUUCCCGAGUAUUCAAAUGUCACUGAAAACGCAAUUGCCUUUGAAAGAUUUUACGUGUCUAAGGAGAACGAUCGAAAUUUCACAGACAUGAGGAGAAAUGUGCAUUCAUCUCCAUCCUUUGAUAAUAAAUAUAGGAAUAUAUCCAAAUGGGUAGCAAAAAAAGGAAGAGUUUGCUCUUUAUUGGUGACUUUGGAUUAUUCAUAUAUAAACCUAAUCCAUCAAAUGAAUAUCGAUUCUGCCAUGCAGCAAGUAUUAUUGGCAAUAGACGAAGCCAAUUCUUUAUUCCGUUCCACAGAUUUUGAUAAUGACAGCUAUCCAGAUAAUGUUGGAUUUCUUAUCAAGUACUUCGCCGUCUUUCAAACACCAGAUAACAGGAAUUUGGUUCCGCACUACACAAAACAGGCAGUAGAUGGACGUUUUUACAUAAAGAUGUUUUCAAGAUUCAAUUUGAUCAAUGAUGUAUGCCUGGGAAUCAUUUUUACUGGACAAUCUUUUAAAAAUGAUAUUGUUGGUAUUAGUUACACGGCUGCUUUUUUGAAAGGUUUCCGACUACCAGUUGGAGGGAUAUGUGAUAAACCAGAUACAAAUCCGUACGGUCUGAAUCUUAAUACGUUAGCUGUGUCUGCUAGAAACCAAUACGGCAGAAAGGUUCCUCAAUUCAUAUUUGAUUUGAGUUUAUGUCACGAAUUGGGACACAGCUUCGGAUCUGAUCAUGAUUCAACGAAAAAUUGUGCCGGUUAUAUAAUGGCGCCGCAUACACCAGUGGAUCAAAAUAGGAAACAUUAUAUUUUUUCGAGUUGUAGUAAGAGGGCUAUACUGAAAACGAUGAGCCUGAAAGGAUAUUGUUUUGAGGAUGACGAUACUCCAUACUGCGGUAACAACAUUAAAGAAUCGACAGAAGAAUGCGAUUGUGGAACUGUAAGAGAUUGUCUUUCAUUUGAUGUAUGUUGUAUACCACACGGAAGACCUAAUGCAUGUCAAAUUAAGAGAGAUGAAGGGUAUACAUGUCAUCCUUCGCAAGGAUUGUGCUGUACUUCGGAAUGCCACUAUGCAAAUCUUCAAAAGUUUGGCGUGGAAUGUAAAAAUUUUGAAAAAACAUGUCCCUGUGCAAAUAACGGAACAAAAUGUACUUGUGGUAUUAACGGUUAUUGCCGUGGAAACAUUUGCCAUAGUGAGGAAUGUACAAGAAUAGGUUUAGAAGAAUGUCCAUGUCCCAAAACUGCAAAUAAAACUAGUUGCAGAACCUGCUGUUUUUCAAAAAGUAACCCACAUUUACUCUGCUCAUCAGCAAAUGACAUAACAAAAGUUUUGAUAGAUUCAGAUUAUUCAAUAUUUAAAAUACUCAAAUUCUAUGUAUCCAAACAAUUGAUGAAUAUUAAAUAUGGAUUUUUUGAAACAUAUUGUCGAAAUAAUGAAUGCGUGAAACUUUAUUUUAAAAAUGUUAGUGUUGGCAAUUUCUGUACAUUGUUUGGUAAAUUAGGAGAUUGUGGUAACAAUGGAUGUGAAAUACACAAUCAACCACCGAUUUACAAAACGAUACAAAGAAGAAGUAUAGGUACAAAUAAAAUUAGCAGCCUGGACACCAUUUUGAUUGUUUUAUUUUUUAUUCAUCUAUAUUCAAUAAAUAUAUCAUAUUAAA